AUGGACCCAGAAGAUUACAAGGAAAGCAAAUUCGGGAAAAUCUACAAAGUAGCAGGACCUCUGGUCGUUGCUGAGAAAAUGUCAGGAUCUAAAAUGUACGAACUUGUCAAAGUCGGUUGGGACAAGCUUGUUGGAGAGAUUAUUAAACUCGAAGGAGACACUGCAUCUAUCCAAUGUUACGAAGAUACAUCAGGACUCACCGUCGGAGAUCCAGUAAUGAGGACAAACAGUCCUCUCUCUGUUGAGCUUGGACCAGGUAUUCUUCAGACUAUUUAUGACGGUAUUCAGAGACCUCUUGAGACUAUCGCACAUCUCACCAAGAGUGUAUACGUUCCAAAAGGAGUUGAUGUUCCUUCCUUGGAUCAAGAUAAAACUUGGGAAUGGAAUCCAGCAGAUCUCAGCGUUGAUGAUAUUGUGAGUGGAGGAGAUAUUCUUGGUCACUGUUACGAGAAUGCUUUGUUCUCUCAACAUAAAAUCAUGGUCCCACCAAAGGGUAGAGGAAGGAUUAAGGAAGUAAUGCCUAUCGGAAACUAUACCGUCAGAGAUCCAGUUGUGGUCGUCGAGUACGAGGAUAAAGAAGUAGAGUUCUCUAUGUCUCACUUCUGGCCAGUCAGGCAAGCCAGACCAGUUGCUGAAAAGCUCCCAGGAAAGGAACCACUCCUGACCGGUCAACGUGUGCUUGAUGUGUUGUUCCCAUCAGUGCUGGGUGGAACCUGCGCUAUCCCAGGCGCGUUCGGAUGCGGAAAGACUUGUAUUUCACAAGCUUUGUCCAAAUAUUCCAACUCUCAAUGUAUUAUUUAUGUAGGAUGUGGAGAAAGAGGAAAUGAGAUGGCUGAAGUACUUGAUGACUUCCCAAAGCUUACCACUAUUAUUGAUGGAGAAGAAUAUGAUAUCAUGCAGAGAACUUGCCUAGUCGCCAAUACCUCAAACAUGCCAGUCGCAGCCAGAGAAGCUUCCAUUUAUACUGGAAUCACAUUAGCUGAGUAUUUCAGAGAUAUGGGAUACAAUGUCUCUCUGAUGGCUGAUUCUACUUCAAGGUGGGCUGAGGCCUUGAGAGAAAUCUCAGGACGUCUAGCAGAAAUGCCAGCAGAUCAAGGUUUCCCUGCUAACUUGGGUUCAAAGCUUGCUCAAUUCUACGAAAGAGCAGGAAGAGUUACUUGCUUAGGUAGCCCAGACAGAGAAGGGUCAGUUUCUAUUGUAGGAGCCGUUUCUCCACCAGGUGGUGAUUUCUCAGACCCAGUAACAGCAUCAACCUUGUCUAUCGUACAGGUCUUUUGGGGAUUGGAUAAGAAGUUAGCCCAAAGAAAGCACUUCCCUUCAGUAAACUGGAGCAUCAGUUUCUCAAGUUAUGACAGAGCUUUGGAGAAAUUCUACCAGUCCUACGAUCCAGAUUUCAUGAAAUUCAAGGCCACUAUCAAACAGUUGUUGCAGGAAGAUGAAGAUUUGUCUGAAAUUGUCCAAUUGGUCGGUAAAGAAUCUCUCUCAGAGAUCCAGAAAACAGUGCUCGAAGUUUCCAAAGUAAUUAUCGAAGAUUUCUUACAACAAAAUGCUUUCUCAAAGUACGAUUAUAAAUGCCCAUUGAACAAAUCCUUGGGAAUGAUGAAAUGUAUCUGUUGCUUCUAUGAGAAUGCUAAGAAGGCUAUCAAUGAAUCCCAAAUGACAGACAAUAAAGUAUCUUGGGCAGUGAUCUCGAACCAAUUGGAGGAUCAGUUCUAUGAAUUAUCCCAGAUGAAAUUCAAAGACCCAGAGACACCUGAAGAAGAGCUUAAUAAAUACUUUGACAACCUCUGUGAUGAGAUCGAAUCUGGAUUUAGAAAGCUUACACUCGGAUAA